UAUAAAUUGAAGGUCAGGACCUUGAGGUGCAAUUAAGGAUGAAGGUUCGCAUGCUUUCUCGCAAUCCUUCUGAUUUUCGUAGGGAAACCGCUGAUGACAUCUUUAAAAUCCCAAGGAACCAAAGCGUUACAGAGCACCCUUUUGCCUCAGAGAGAGAAUACGUCAGGGCGUUAAAUGCAGCCAAACUUGGGAGGAUGAUGGCGAAGCCCUUUUUAGGAGCACUUGAAGGAACCAGCGAAAGGAUGACGGCGCUUUCUCUCAACACAGAAACGUUGGGUUUGGCAGUGUUUGGAACGGCUGAUGGAAAAAUACAAUAUUGGGAUAUUGCGAAAAGAAAUAGAAUACUUGAAGUCUUAGUUCAUGAUAGCGAAAUUCGUGGGAUCUGCCAUUUCAACAAAUCCCGUCUAAUGUACACUUGCAGCUUAGAUGGUCAAUUGAAACAAUGGCGAAUGAAUCAUGAUGAUAUUGUAUCAGCUUGGAAAAACCCGUUAACCAGUGUUCUCAUGAAAUGGGCUCCGCAUUGUAUGGAUCAUCAUCCUUCUUCAAAUGAAUUUCUUAUUGGAGGUGCAGAAUCCUGUCUAUUGUAUUCUUCAGCAAAACUUGAUGUACCAUUACGUGAAUGGAGUUGGGGUCAAGAACCAGUGCAUACUGCUAAAUUCAAUCCAGUUGAACAUAAUAUUGCCUGUGCACUAACUAAAGAUAAUUCACUGAUGCUAAUCGAUUGUCGACAAGAUCAACCUAUUCGUAAGGUUAAAAUGGAGCUUAAACUGAACUCGCUUUCCUGGAAUCCAAUGGAACCAUUUAUUUUCACUGCUGCAUCAGAAGACUACAACGUUUAUACAUUUGAUAAUCGCUAUUUCAAGUUUCCGCGCAGAGUCCAUCGAGGACACGUCAACGCUGUGCUUAGCGUAGACUACUCACCUACAGGAAGAGAGUUUGUGACUGGAAGCUACGAUUCGACGAUUCGACUUUGGCCUUGCGAUUCAACAGAGUCAUUCGACGUUUAUCAUACUAGACGAAUGAAACGUGUGCUUGAUGUCAAGUUUACUCUGGAUGCAAAGUACGUCUUGUCAUCAUCAUCAGACCAAAAUGUGCGUCUUUGGAAAGCCCAUGCAAACGAAAUAAUCGGACCGAUUCAACCAAGGCAGAAGGCAUCUCUUCAAACGUCUGGAUCUCUGCGUGAGAAGUUUAAGGAUCAUCCAGAAAUUCGGAAAAUUUUGAAACAUCGCCACCUACCGAAGUCAAUUUUUGCAGCCAACAAAGAGCAUGCAGUAAUUCGGGCUAAGGAACGGCGCAAGGAGAGAAAUACUCGUCUGUUUAAUAAAAAUGAUCUUCCAUUUAUUCCUGAGAAAGAAAAGCAUGUAGUUGCACAAUAUAAGUGAUUUUUCAUAA